AUGUCUGCCCCAUACCAAGGCGAAGGUCGUCAGUCUCCAGACCCAGAGACUCAAACAGGCCAACAGCUGCACGACCCUCCAGGAAGCGGCAAAAUGAGCGAGUCGACACGCCAUACGCAUGAAUUCUCCCAAGAAAGCUCCAAUAACCACUUCAAGGAACAUGGACUAGAGAGUAACCCCGAGAAUGAGUAUUCGAAGAUUCAGGCUGCGAAGUAUGGUGAGAAGGACAAACAUGAUUGA